AUGGUACACCUUAAUCCUUUCCACGAGAAUAAAAGUAAGGCGCCUGUACCGCCUAAUAUGGAGCGUGAGGCCCAUGAUGAGCCGGUUGACAUACUCCACGGACGGUCCGUGCAUCGCAGAGGGGUGAGUUCUUGCGACCCAUCAGGAGGAUCCUAA